GUUGCACAGACAGACCCUGCAAACAUGUCAGGGUUCAGUCCGGAACUCAUCGACUACUUGGAAGGGAAAAUCUCCUUCGAGGAGUUCGAACGGCGGAGAGAAGAGAGAAAAACCCGCGAGAAGAAAAGUCUUCAGGAAAAAGGAAAGUUAUCAGCUGAAGAAAAUCCCGAUGACUCUGAAGUUCCAUCGUCAUCAGGAAUUAACUCUACCAAAUCCCAAGACAAAGAUGUCAAUGAAGGAGAAACAUCAGAUGGAGUGAGUAAGUCAGUUCACAAGGUCUUUGCUUCCAUGCUUGGAGAGAAUGAAGAUGAUGAGGAGGAAGAGGAAGAAGAGGAGGAGGAGGAGGAAGAAACACCUGAGCAACCCACUGCUGGCGAUGUAUUUGUAUUGGAGAUGGUUCUCAAUCGUGAAACCAAGAAAAUGAUGAAAGAGAAAAGACCUCGGAGUAAACUUCCCAGAGCUCUGAGAGGUCUCAUGGGUGAAGCCAACAUUCGUUUUGCUCGAGGAGAACGUGAAGAAGCGAUAUUGAUGUGCAUGGAAAUCAUAAGACAAGCUCCUCUGGCUUAUGAGCCAUUCUCUACUCUUGCCAUGAUAUAUGAGGACCAAGGUGACAUGGAAAAAUCAUUGCAGUUUGAGUUGAUUGCUGCGCAUUUAAAUCCCAGUGACACAGAAGAAUGGGUUAGACUGGCAGAAAUGUCUCUGGAACAAGACAAUAUUAAACAGGCUAUUUUUUGCUAUACAAAAGCUCUUAAAUAUGAACCUACUAAUGUCCGUUAUCUGUGGGAGCGAUCAAGCCUUUACGAACAGAUGGGUGAUCAUAAAAUGGCCAUGGAUGGUUAUAGGCGUAUUUUAAACCUUUUGUCUCCAUCUGAUGGCGAACGUUUUAUGCAGCUGGCUAGAGAUAUGGCAAAGAGUUACUAUGAAGCCAAUGAUGUUACUUCUGCUAUUAACAUAAUUGAUGAAGCUUUCUCAAAACACCAGGGCCUAGUCUCUAUGGAAGAUGUUAACAUAGCAGCUGAACUAUAUAUUUCUAACAAACAGUAUGACAAAGCUUUGGAGGUAAUUACAGAUUUUUCUGGAAUUGUGCUGGAAAAAAAAACUUCAGAAGACGGCACCUCAGAAGAGAAUAAAGCUCCUGAGAAUGUCACCUGCACUAUACCUGAUGGUGUGCCAAUAGAUAUCACAGUGAAGUUGAUGGUCUGCCUUGUACAUCUCAACAUUCUUGAACCACUUAACCCUCUCUUGACAACACUAGUAGAACAGAAUCCUGAAGAUAUGGGAGACCUAUACCUAGAUGUUGCUGAAGCUUUUCUGGAUGUUGGUGAAUAUAAUUCUGCACUUCCCCUCCUCAGUGCUCUUGUUUGCUCUGAAAGAUACAACCUUGCAGUAGUUUGGCUUCGUCAUGCAGAAUGUUUAAAGGCCUUAGGCUAUAUGGAGCGAGCUGCCGAAAGCUAUGGCAAGGUGGUUGAUCUGGCCCCACUCCAUUUGGAUGCAAGGAUUUCACUUUCUACCCUUCAGCAGCAGCUGGGCCGGCCUGAGAAAGCCCUGGAAGCUCUGGAACCAAUGUAUGAUCCAGAUACUUUAGCACAGGAUGCAAAUGCUGCACAGCAGGAACUGAAGUUAUUGCUUCAUCGUUCUACUCUAUUGUUUUCACAAGGCAAAAUGUAUGGUUAUGUGGAUACCUUACUUACUAUGUUAGCCAUGCUUUUAAAGGUAGCAAUGAAUCGAGCCCAAGUUUGUUUGAUAUCCAGUUCCAAGUCUGGAGAGAGGCAUCUCUAUCUUAUUAAAGUAUCGAGAGACAAAAUAUCAGACAGCAAUGACCAAGAGUCAGCAAAUUGUGAUGCAAAAGCAAUAUUUGCUGUGCUUACAAGCGUCUUGACAAAGGAUGACUGGUGGAAUCUUCUGUUGAAGGCCAUAUACUCCUUAUGUGACCUAUCCCGAUUUCAAGAGGCUGAGUUGCUUGUAGAUUCCUCAUUGGAAUAUUACUCAUUUUAUGAUGACAGGCAAAAACGCAAAGAACUAGAAUACUUUGGUCUGUCUGCUGCAAUUCUGGACAAAAAUUUCAGAAAGGCAUACAACUAUAUCAGGAUAAUGGUAAUGGAAAAUGUCAAUAAACCCCAGCUCUGGAACAUUUUCAAUCAAGUUACCAUGCACUCCCAAGAUGUACGACAUCAUCGCUUCUGUCUCCGUUUGAUGCUGAAAAACCCAGAAAAUCAUGCCCUGUGUGUCUUAAAUGGACACAAUGCAUUUGUAUCUGGUAGUUUUAAGCAUGCGCUUGGACAGUAUGUGCAAGCCUUUCGCACUCACCCUGAUGAACCUCUCUAUAGCCUCUGUAUAGGCCUGACCUUUAUUCAUAUGGCAUCUCAGAAGUAUGUGUUACGGAGACAUGCUCUUAUUGUACAGGGCUUUUCCUUUCUUAAUCGAUACCUCAGUUUACGUGGGCCCUGCCAGGAAUCAUUCUACAAUUUGGGCCGUGGCCUUCAUCAGUUGGGGCUGAUUCAUCUUGCAAUCCACUAUUAUCAGAAGGCCCUGGAGCUCCCUCCACUUGUGGUAGAGGGCAUAGAAGUUGACCAGUUAGACUUACGAAGAGAUAUUGCCUACAACUUGUCUCUCAUUUAUCAGAGCAGUGGGAAUACCGGAAUGGCUCAAAGGCUUCUGUAUACCUAUUGUUCUAUAUAAAGCACCGCAACUGAGAAUGGAGUAAUGGCAGCUGCUGUGUGAGGACCAGUAUCUUCUGUCUCAGGGCUUAUUAUUCGUAACUCCAAAACAGAAAUGACAAUUUCAGAAUUACCUAACACUGUAUUUAUUUUUAAUAUGUAAUAAUUAUC